CCGCUGCCUCAGCGUCUCAGUGCACAGAAGCCUCCUCGUCUGAGGGGACGCGAGGACCGUCCUCGCCGCCGUCGCGGGCAGUGUCUGGCCAGGCCCUGACAAGCGAGCCCGAGGACCUCGCGCCCGAGGAGCCCGAGCCGGAGCUCCCAGCGAGCACAGCCUGCAGCUCCCGCCGCCUCGCCGUCCCGGGGUUGGGGAGGGUUGGAGGGGGCGUCUCGCCUUCGCACCCCGCCUCUGGACUUGCCCCUUUCUCUGCGCGUGCGGACCGAGCCAGCGCUUAGGCCGGAGCGAAGCCCGGGGCCCGCCGGCCGGGAAGGCACCGCGGGGCACCGAUUCGCCAUGGAGGGCGCCGGCGGCGAGAACGAGAAGAAAAAUAGGAUGAGUUCUGAACGUCGAAAAGAAAAGUCUAGAGAUGCAGCAAGAUCUCGGCGAAGCAAAGAGUCGGAAGUUUUUUAUGAGCUUGCUCAUCAGCUGCCACUUCCCCACAAUGUGAGCUCACAUCUUGAUAAAGCUUCUGUUAUGAGGCUCACCAUCAGUUACUUACGUGUGAGGAAACUUCUGGAUGCUGGUGAUCUGGACAUUGAAGAUGAAAUGAAAGCACAGAUGAACUGCUUCUAUUUGAAAGCCCUGGAUGGCUUUGUUAUGGUGCUCACAGACGAUGGUGACAUGAUUUACAUUUCUGAUAACGUCAACAAAUACAUGGGGUUAACUCAGUUUGAACUAACUGGACACAGUGUGUUUGAUUUUACUCAUCCAUGUGACCAUGAGGAAAUGAGAGAAAUGCUUACACACAGAAAUGGCCCAGUGAAAAAAGGUAAAGAACAAAACACCCAACGAAGCUUUUUUCUCAGAAUGAAAUGUACCCUAACUAGCCGGGGGAGAACAAUGAACAUAAAGUCUGCGACGUGGAAGGUGCUUCACUGCACAGGCCAUAUUCACGUAUAUGAUACCAACAGUAACCAACCUCAGUGUGGGUACAAGAAACCACCCAUGACAUGCUUGGUGCUGAUUUGUGAACCCAUCCCUCAUCCAUCAAAUAUUGAAAUUCCUUUAGAUAGCAAGACUUUUCUCAGUCGACACAGCCUGGAUAUGAAAUUUUCUUACUGUGAUGAAAGAAUUACUGAGUUGAUGGGUUAUGAGCCAGAAGAACUUUUGGGCCGCUCAAUUUAUGAAUAUUAUCAUGCUUUGGACUCUGAUCAUCUGACCAAAACUCAUCAUGAUAUGUUUACUAAAGGACAAGUCACCACAGGACAGUACAGAAUGCUUGCCAAAAGAGGUGGAUAUGUCUGGGUUGAAACUCAAGCAACUGUCAUAUAUAAUACGAAGAACUCUCAGCCACAGUGCAUCGUGUGUGUGAACUAUGUUGUGAGUGGUAUUAUUCAGCACGACUUGAUUUUCUCCCUUCAACAAACAGAAUGUGUCCUCAAACCAGUUGAAUCUUCAGAUAUGAAAAUGACUCAGCUGUUCACCAAAGUGGAAUCAGAGGAUACCAGCUGCCUCUUUGAUAAGCUUAAGAAAGAACCCGAUGCUCUGACUCUGCUGGCCCCGGCUGCUGGGGACACGAUCAUAUCUCUAGAUUUUGGCAGCGAUGACACAGAAACUGAAGACCAACAACUUGAAGAUGUUCCAUUAUAUAAUGAUGUAAUGUUCCCAUCUAAUAAUGAAAAAUUAACAAAUAUAAAUCUGGCAAUGUCUCCAUUACCUGCCUCUGAAACGCCAAAGCCACUUCGAAGUAGUGCUGAUCCUGCACUGAAUCAAGAAGUCGCAUUAAAAUUAGAGCCAAGUCCAGAGUCACUGGAACUUUCUUUCACCAUGCCCCAGAUUCCAGAUCAGCCCGCAAGUCCUUCUGAUGGGAGCACCAGACAAAGUUCACCUGAGCCUAACAGUCCCAGUGAAUAUUGUUUUGAUGUGGAUAGUGAUAUGGUCAAUGUAUUCAAGUUGGAACUGGUGGAAAAACUGUUUGCCGAAGAUACAGAAGCAAAGAAUCCAUUUUCAACUCAGGACACCGAUUUAGACUUGGAGAUGCUGGCCCCUUAUAUCCCGAUGGAUGAUGAUUUCCAGUUGCGUUCCUUCGAUCAGUUGUCGCCAUUAGAGAGCAGUUCCUCUAGCCCUCCAAGUGUCAGCACAGUUACAGUGUUCCAGCAGACCCAGCUACAGAAACCCACCAUUACUGCCACUGCUGCCACACCUGCCACCACCACCACCGCCCCCACUGAUGAAGUGAAAGCAGUGACGAAGGACACUCUGGAAGACAUUAAAAUACUGAUUGCAUCUCCACCUUCCACCCCUGUACCUCAAGAAACGACAGCUGCUCCCGCACCAGCAUACAGUGCUCCUCACAGUCGGACAGCCUCACCAGACAGAGCAGGGAAGAGAGUCAGAGAACACACAGAGAAAGCUCAUCCAAGGAGCCCGAACGGAUCUGUCACUUUGAGUCAAAGAAAUACUGUUCCUGAGGAAGAAUUAAACCCAAAGAUAAUAGCUUUGCAGAAUGCCCAGAGAAAGCGAAAAAUGGAACAAGAUGGCUCCCUUUUCCAAGCAGCGGGAAUUGUGAGUGGAACAUUAUUGCAGCAACCAGGUGACCGUGCUCCCACUACGUCACUUUCUUGGAAACGUGUGAAAGGAUGCAAAUCAAGUGAACAGAAUGGAAUGGAGCAAAAGACAAUUAUUUUAAUACCCUCUGAUUUAGCAUGCAGACUGCUGGGGCAAUCAAUGGAUCAGAGUGGAUUACCACAGCUGACCAGUUAUGAUUGUGAAGUUAAUGCUCCCAUACAAGGCAGCAGAAACCUACUGCAGGGUGAAGAAUUACUCAGAGCUUUGGAUCAAGUUAACUGAGCUUUCAGAAUCUCAUUCCUUUUAUUGUUUCUUUUUUGUUCAGUUAUUGUUAUUGUUGUUUGUUUGGGUUUUUUGUUUCUGUUGGUUAUUUUUGGACACUGGUGGCUCAGCAGUCUAUUUAUAUUUUCUAUAUCUAAUUUUAGAAGCCUGGCUACAAUACUGCACAAACUCAGAUAGUUUAGUUUUGAUCCCCUUUCUACUUAAUUUUCAUUAAUGCUCUUUUUACUACAUUCUUUUAAUGCCAGAUCACAGCACAUUCACAUUUCCUCAGUAUUUUCACCAUUGCAUUGCAGUAGUGUCAUUUAAAAUGCACCUUUUUAUUUAUUUAUUUUUGGUGAGGGAGUUUGUCCCUUAUUGAAUUAUUUUUAAUGAAAUGCCAAUAUAAUUUUUUUAAGAAAGCAGUAAAUCUUCAUCAUGAUCAUAGGCAGUUGAAAAUUUUUUACUCAUUUUUUUCAUGUUUUACAUGAAAAUAAUGCUUUGCCAGCAGUAUAUGGUAGCCACAAUUGCACAAUAUAUUUUCUUAAAAAUACCAGCAGUUACUCAUGCAAUAUAUUCUGCAUUUAUAAAACUAGUUUUUAAGAAGAAAUUUUUUUUGGCCUAUGAAAUUGUUAAGCCUGGAUCAUGACACUGUUGAUCUUAUAAUGAUUCUUAAACUGUAUGGUUUCUUUAUAUGGGUAAAGCCAUUUACAUGAUAUAGAGAGAUAUGCAUAUAUCCAGAAGGUAUGUGGCAUUUAUUUGGAUAAAAUUCUCAAUUCAGAGAAAUUAUCUGAUGUUUCUUUAGUUACUUUACCAGCUCAAAAUAAAACGGUUCCCUAUGUAGUUGUGGAAGCUUAUGCUAAUACUGUGUAAUUAAUAUUAAACAUAAAUGUUCUGCCCACCCUGUUGGUAUAAAGACAUUUUGAGCAUACUGUCAGCAACAAAAAAAUCAUGCAUCGUUAGUAAAAUUGCCUAGUAUGUUAAUUUGUUCAAAAUAUGAUGUUUGCUUUUAUGCACUUUGUCGCUAUUAACAUCCUUUUUUCAUAUAGAUUUCAAUAAUUGAGUGAUUUUUUUUUUAGAAGCAUUAUUUUAGGAAUAUAGAGUUGUCAUAGUAAACAUCUUGUUUUUUCUAUGUACAUUGUAUAAAUUUUUCAUUCCCUUGUUCUUUGUGGUUGGUUGGGUCUAACACUAACUGUACUGUUUUGUUACAUCAAAUAAACAUCUUUUGUGGACCAGGCCCCCUUGGGUCAGCUUUUAUGUUUAAAUAACAUUUUGUUUCAACAUUUCCAGCUCAUAAAGUGAUUUCUCACAAAUUUAAGUUCUUUAUAAAAAUUACACUGUACAUUUCUGCACUCAUUAUUGUCAUUAUCUAAUGUAUGAUGUGUUCCCAACUGUCAUGUUAAAUAAUGACAAAUCAUAAUAUUGCACUGUAAAGAGAACUUUUUUAGAAAUUUGCCAUUAUAAAUUUAUCAGUCUAUUAAAAUAUAAAAUACAAAACUUCAGCAUUUUCAGUAUGAAUGGCAUAAGUGAAGCAAAUCAUGAAACAUCAUAAUCAUAUAUUGUUGUAAGAGCUCCAGGUUCCUCCUAAUUUCUAGUCUGUUUCCAUUAGCAGAUAAAUAAAGCUAGAGCUGAAAUAAGACAGUUCCCUAAGCUCCAAGGGUACUUAGGUGGCAGGUCAAAGAAUCCUAUGUCCAUCCUAAUGUCUUAGAACAUUAUCUUGGUUGGUUUGGUUUUAAUGAGAUGGGUACAUGACACAUUAAUAUGCAGAUGUGGUUUACAGCUAAUCGUACAUUACCUGGUGUUUCUUUACUUUGCCAGAUCAAAAGAAAACAGUAUUCUGUAAUUGUGAAUUUUAGAAACUUCCAAAUAAAUACCAAAUAUCUUCCAGCUA